AUGCUGCUGUCGACGACACUGUCUCCGUCUUCAGAAGACAUGCCAGACUUCGGCUUUUCUCCGCUGCGCCCGCAGGACGAGACCUUGCGCCAGAAGGGACCGCUCGUAUCCCUUGACGCCUGGCGCAAGGUCAUGGGCGAUGAAGUCCCGGACAUUACCUGUAUGCAGAGCAUCAUUAUCUCCAGCCGCAGCAGCAGAAAGGUCUUCUUCUACUGCAGGAGCCUGCUCAACUCUGCACAAAAACCUGGUCCUUGGCAGACCUGGGAG